GAAAGAGGUUUUCCUGUUUGGACUAAAUAUAUACCGAAAAUAAUCCUGGCCAUUUUGAUCUCAGUAUUCGAUGACAUCUAUUAUUGUUUAGCCGUUUGGCUCAACAAUAAAGAGAAUUACGAGUUGGAGACCACUCAUGAAAAUAAUCUCAUUUUAAAACUGAUUUUAGUCCAAUUCAUGAACUCUUUUCUGUCGCUGUUUUACAUCGCUUUCUAUAUCGGAGAUAUGGAUAAACUUCGAGAGGUAUUCCUAUCCCACAUCCCGUACCUA